GUAAUCACCAAUCAGUGAUCAGCAUCAGUCCAUACCAUCGGCAUGCCAUCAUGCCAUGUCAGCUUGAUGAUGUGUAUGUGACAAAAUUUAUAAUUUUUCUUCGAAACUUAACUUAGUAUUUCCAACUUUGUAAUUAUUCAAGUAAAGCACCUAAUGUUUAAGAAUAUUGUUUAUAGAGUUCACACUUCUUUUUAUAAGUACAGUAAACGACAUUAUUUUACCGCUAAUCGAAGGUUUAACAAUUUCUUUAAAAUAAUGAAGAUUGGAACUCACGACGGCGUCUUUCAUUGUGACGAUGUUUUGGCGUGCUUCUUGCUUAAGCGUCUUCCAGAGUUUAAAGACGCCGAGAUCAUCAGAACAAGAGACUUGGAAAAAAUUAAUCAAUGUGACAUAGUAGUUGAUGUCGGUGCCGAAUUUAAUCAUGAGAAAAAACGCUACGACCACCAUCAACGAGAAUUCAGUGAAUCAUUAAGUUCCUUAAGACCUGAACUUGGAGAUAAAUAUAAAAUUAAAUUAAGUUCUGCUGGGCUUGUGUAUGCAUUUUAUGGAGAGAAAGUCAUCCAGUCACUGGUAAAUAAGGACCACCCUCUUUCCCCGGAAGUUUUGAAAUUGAUCUAUAAAAAAGUAUAUGAACAUUUAAUUGAAGAAAUUGAUGCUAUAGACAAUGGGGUACCCAUGACUAAUGAGGAACCUAGAUACAAUAUACGUACACACUUAAGUGCUCGUAUACAUAGACUAAACCCCGAUUGGAAUUCUAAGCUCAUAGCUAAUAUUGAGGAUGCAUUUCAAAAAGCAUUAGCUCUUGUUGGUGAAGAAUUCUUAUACAAUGUCAAUUAUUUUUUGUCUGUGUGGUUACCUGCGAGAGAUUAUGUAAAAUCUUCAUUGGAAGAAAGAUAUCAGGUUCAUGAAUCUGGUAAAAUUGUAGAAUUCAAAGAGAGGUUUCCUUGGAAAGAACAUCUGUUUGAAUUGGAAAAAGAAAUGGGCUUGGGCCAGGAGGUCUUGUAUGUUGUGUUUAAUGAUAAACCUAAAUCAUGGAGAGUGCAAGCGAUACCGGUCUCUCCUAGCAGCUUUAUAACAAGAAAAGCUCUUCAUAAAAAAUGGUGGGGCAUUCGAGAUGAGAUCCUAAGUGAUGUUGCGGGUAUCAAGGAUUGUAUAUUUUGUCACAGCACUGGUUUCAUUGGAGGCAAUGCUACAAGAGAAGGCGCUAUAGCAAUGGCCAUAACCAGCCUUCAGGCUGACAUGGAUGCAGAAUAAAUGAUUAUGAAAAGGA